AGAGAGGCGGAUUUGCCGACAUGCAGUGGGUGCGCUUUCUCUGACAGGAGGAAGAAGGCUUGUGACUGACUGACUGGCAGCUGGGAUUCGAGCGUUAAAAGCCGGUUGUUCUUUUGCUACCUCCUUGAGAAACCCUGGUAUCUAUGGCUGCUAAAGGGAUGAAUCUCUAUAACGUGUGCUGCCUGCUUCUUUGUGCUAUCACGGCGGUGCUUGCCGGGCGAGAUUUCUAUAAUAUUCUGGGGGUGAGCAGGAGUGCAACAAUCAAGGACAUCAAGAAGGCCUACAGAAAACUGGCAUUACAAUUGCAUCCCGACAGGAACCCAGACGACCCUCAAGCCCAGGACAAGUUCGCAGACUUGGGGGCAGCUUAUGAGGUCCUCUCCGAUGAGGUGAAAAGGAAACAGUAUGACGAGUAUGGAGAGGAUGGGCUCAAAGAGGGUCACCACAGCUCUCACAGUGAUAUCUUCUCCAGCUUCUUUGGUGACUUUGGGUUUAUGUUUGGUGGCAACCGACAGCAACAGGACAGGAACAUUCCCAGAGGAAAUGACAUAAUUCUGGACCUGGAGGUCACGCUGGAAGAAGUGUACUCUGGGAACUUUGUGGAGGUGGUACGUAACAAGCCUAUAGCUAAAGAAGCUCCUGGUAAAAGGAAGUGUAACUGCAGACAGGAGAUGAGGACGACACAGCUUGGACCCGGGCGCUUCCAGAUGACUCAGGAAACUGUGUGCGAUGAAUGUCCCAAUGUAAAGCUGGUGAAUGAAGAGAGGACCUUGGAGGUAGAGAUUGAGCAAGGAGUGAGAGACGAGAUGGAGUACCCUUUCAUUGGAGAAGGGGAACCUCACAUCGAUGGAGAACCCGGAGACCUCCGGUUCCGCAUCAAAGUGUUGAAACAUCCUGUGUUUGAGCGCAGAGGAGAUGAUCUGUACACUAAUGUCACCAUCUCUUUGGUGGAGGCACUGGUUGGCUUUGAGAUGGACAUAGUACAUUUGGAUGGACACAAGGUCCAUAUAGUGAGGGACAAGAUCACAAAGCCUGGUGCUAGAAUGUGGAAGAAAGGAGAGGGCCUGCCCAACUUUGACAACGUCAACAUCCGAGGCUCCCUCAUCAUCACCUUUGAUGUAGAAUUUCCUCAGACACAGCUCGAUGACCAGCAAAAAGAAGGUGUUCGAAGUCUUCUGAAACAGGGGUCUGUACAGAAGGUUUACAAUGGACUACAAGGAUACUAACACGCCAAGCAACACCGCCUGGACUGAUUCAUAUGCCACCUAAACACACAGACACACUUGUUCAAUCAGCAGGAGCGUGAUCUGUAAUCCUGGCCAGGGUGUAUUUAUUAUUUUCAGACUGUUCUCAGGAUGGCUUGAAUCCAAUUUAGUUUCUACUUUUAAUGUUCCUCAUCUUGUCAGCAGUAGCACAACAGCAGGUGUUUUUAUUUGAGGUAUCUAAAUAAUGGAAAGGAUUUCUCUACUCUGAACCUUUUUUUUUGUUUGCUUUCCCUGCAUUAUCUUGUAACAGUAAGUCUUUUUGUCCCUUUUUGUAAGUCAGCUUACUUCUUUCUAUCUGAAAACCCCGUCUGCUCGUGUGUCAACCACUGCACCAUUCUGGAGAACACACUCUGUUAUAGCCCACUAUAUCUGCUGAAGGAUGAGCUACUGACAAACUGGAUAUCUGAAGAAAACCUUCUGUGCAAGAGCAGAAGUUUCUCCAUUUUUUUUGUUUUUGUCUUUAAAUGAGUUUUAUGAAUGUAACAGCGUCACUCGUGGAGUGAUGAAACUGUUGUCGCUCUGGUCUGACUCCUGUUCAAUAAUACUUUGUAAAUAGGAAAGAAAGAAGCCCGUUUGUUGUGUUUUAGUUUUCCUAAGUUAUGUGGGCACUUUACUGUUUGACACGAACUGCAGCACCGCACACCUCCAUGUUCACUGUGACAGGAGUUGACCUCUUGUGUUAAAGAGUGAAGGAGGUUUGCUCUGACCUCAUUAUAGAAAACCGUUGUUUUACACACUUCUGACACUCUAUAAUUCAUAGCUACGACUCAAAGGGACUUCAGACCAUGAAGUAACAGCACCCCUGUUGGCUAUUAUGAGAUGGUUUUUAAAUGGCUUUUAGAAUUUACCUUGACUCUCAAAGCACGAUGCUGCCUCCCAGUAUCAUAAGUGUCGUGGCCUUAAAUGUAAACGAUUUGGCCGUUUUUACGUGUCCCAGGGGAUAUUGUACUUUUAACUGAUAAUAUAAAUAAAGAUUUCUACAAAUUCUA